AUGCCGAACAUCCAGAACAACGCCUUCAAAGAAAACCGCUAUCAUGACACGCACAAGAUCCCGUACCCUGUCGUGCCGCGCCGCUCCGUUCACUCGAUGCUCCGUCACAUACAAGGUCUGCACGCCGAGACCUGGAAGGGAUGCCAAGUUAACUACGUUCGUAUCUGGAAGCACCACGGCGACGAGCAGAAGUUGAGGCAGUAUGCCGACGCUGGCUGGGCUUAG